CCGGGGCCUGUCACUCGCAGCGGAACCGGCUCCGCGCCCCCAGCCCGGACGCCGGAGCCGGAGCCGAGCCGGAGCCGGAGCAACACCGGCCGCGCCCGCGGAGCCGCGGGGUGGGAUGCGCGCCGCGAGUGCGCGUGCCCGCCCGCAGUGCGCGCGCCCCGGCCCGAACGAGCGCUCCCCGCGUCGGCCGCGGCGACGACGGCGGCGACGGCGACGCGGCCCGCACGCUCCCCCGGCCCCUGCCUUGGCUGCGCGGGCCCCCGCCAGGCCCAUGGGCGGCGCAGCGGACCCGGCGCGCUGAGCGCGGCGCGGUGCCCCGGUGCGCCCCGGAGGCGAGCGUGAGCGAGGGCUGGCGCCAUGCCCGGUCACCCCGCAUUCUAGGCCAUACCCAGGCCAUUGGAGCAGCCCCCGCUCACUUCACGGGGCACCCCCUCCCCACUGCCCACUGCCCACCAUGGCCGGGGACCGGCUCCCCAGGAAGGUGAUGGACGCCAAGAAGCUGGCCAGCCUGCUGCGGGGCGGGCCCGGGGGGCCCCUGGUCAUCGACAGCCGCUCCUUCGUAGAGUACAGCCGCUGGCACGUGCUCAGCUCCGUCAACAUCUGCGGCUCCAAGCUGGUGAGGCGGCGGCUGCAGCAGGGCAAGGUGACCAUCGCCGAGCUCAUCCAGCCCGCCGUGCGCAGCCAGGUGGAGGCCGAGGAGCCACCGCAGGACGUGGUGGUCUACGACCAGAGCACCCGGGACGCCAGCCUGCUGGCUGCAGACAGCUUCCUCUCCAUCCUGCUCAGCAAGCUGGAUGGCUGCUUCCACAGUGUGGCCAUCCUCACAGGGGGCUUCGCCACCUUCUCCUCCUGCUUCCCCGGCCUCUGCGAGGGCAAGCCCGCUGCCCUGCUGCCCGUGAGCCUCUCCCAGCCCUGCCUGCCCGUGCCCAGCGUGGGCCUGACCCGCAUCCUGCCCCACCUCUACCUGGGCUCUCAGAAGGAUGUCCUGAACAAGGAUCUGAUGACCCAAAACGGAAUAAGCUACGUCCUCAAUGCCAGCAACUCCUGCCCCAAGCCCGACUUCAUCUGCGAGAGCCGCUUCAUGCGCAUCCCCAUCAACGACAACUACUGUGAAAAGCUGCUGCCCUGGCUGGACAAGUCCAUCGAGUUCAUCGAUAAAGCCAAGCUGUCCAGCUGCCAAGUCAUUGUCCACUGUCUAGCCGGCAUCUCCCGCUCUGCCACCAUCGCCAUCGCUUACAUCAUGAAGACCAUGGGCAUGUCCUCGGACGACGCCUACAGGUUCGUGAAGGACCGGCGCCCGUCCAUCUCGCCCAACUUCAACUUCCUGGGCCAGCUGCUAGAGUACGAGCAGAGCCUGAAGCUGCUGGCCGCCCUGCAGGGCGGGGGGGCCACGCUCCCGGGGACGCCCGAGCCCCUCCCGGGCCCUGCGGCCCCACUGCCGCCACUGCCACCACCUACCUCAGAGAGCGCGGCCACGGGGGGUGCAGCGGCCAGCCAGGCCGGGGAGGGCGCCCCCAGUGCCACCAGCGCCGCCGACGGCGGGGAGCCCCCCUCACCCUCCGGGGCCCCCGCCACCAGCGCACUGCAGCAGGGCCUCCGAGGCCUGCACCUCUCCUCCGACCGCCUCCAGGACACAAACCGCCUCAAGCGCUCCUUCUCGCUGGACAUCAAGUCCGCCUACGCCCCCAGCCAGCGGCCCAGCGGCCCCGGGCCCUCCGACCCUGGCGAGGCCCCCAAGCUCUGCAAGCUGGACAGCCCUUCGGGGGGCACGCUAGGCCUCCCCUCGCCCAGCCCCGACAGCGCAGACCCGGCGCCUGAGUCUCGCCCGCGACCCCGCCGGCGGCCCCGGCCUCCAGCAGGCUCCCCCGCACGCUCCCCUGGAUAUGGCCUCGGCCUGAACUUUGGGGACGCCGCCCGGCAGACUCCACGGCACGGACUCUCCGCCCUGUCCGCCCCCGGGUUGCCUGGCCCCGGCCAGCCGGCCAGCCCCGGGGCCUGGGCGCCGCCCCUGGACUCCCCCGGCACGCCUUCUCCGGAUGGGCCCUGGUGCUUCAGCCCGGAGGGUGCGCAGGGCGCCCGGUUUGCGCCCUUCAGCCUGGCCGGCCCGCAGGGCACGGGCGGCGGCAGCGACUUGCGGAGGCGGGAGGCGGCGAGGGCCGAGUCCCGGGACGCGCGGACCAGCUGGCCUGAAGAGCCAGCCCCGGAGACACAGUUCAAGCGCCGGAGCUGCCAGAUGGAGUUCGAGGAGUGCAUGGUGGAGGGGUGCGCGCGCGGCGAGGAGCUGGCCGCCCUGGGCAAGCAGGCCAGCUUCUCGGGCAGCGUGGAGGUCAUCGAGGUGUCCUGACGGUGGCCGGGACCCAGCGCCCCGAGCCCUCCGCUGCCCUCGGCUGGGCCGCCAGCAGCCGGGCCCCCUAUAAAUAUAUAUUAUAUAUAAUGCAAAGAAAGGUAAAUGGUUUUACUGCGAUUUUUAUCAAGAAGUAAAUAUUUCAAUUUUUUAUUUAUUGAAGCUGUUCAUUCUGGCCAUGAUUUGGCAACAGUGAGGGUGGCCCUCCAAGCUCUAUUUUUAGUCCGGUAUUUAAACUGAGACACGUUUCUAAGCAAUAUGAGGCCACCCGCAAGUGGCAAGCUGGGGUGCCAGGCCUGGGGUCCCCUCCUCGCCAGCCCUAACCCCAGAUGACACCACUAACCGUUGCAAAGAGGCUGCAGGGCUUUCGUGCACUUUUUACAUAAGAAAAAGGGGGAAAAAGAAAAAAAAACUUUGCCACAAACUGAGCCGCAGAAACUUCCCGCCUGCCCUCCCUGCCCACCUCUCUGCCUCCUCUCCUCUCUCCACUCCUUUCUGGGGCCCUGGGGGCGGUGGUCCCAGAGUCCCUGCCACCCGCCACCAGCUCCAGGCACCAUGUCUGGGUGCCACGGAAGGGGCCCCCGCCGCCCAUCCCCGAUCCUGGGCUCGUGCCUGGCUGGUGCUGGCCAGCACGGGGCCUGCUCAGCCCCCGUGUGUGUGAAGGCCUGGGAAACAGAACCGGGUAGGACUUUCGUGCCGAGGGCUCUUGCGUGUCAGAUGGCGUGGGGCCCAGGGCAGGGACGGAGGUGGAGCGCCCCCACCCCAGCCUGAGCCCAGGUCCCCUUUCAUGCUCAGCAAGGCUGUUCAGAGGCUGCUUCCCUCCCUUCCACUCUGGGUGCCCCCAGCACCACCUGCAGGUGUGGGGACCCAGGAAGAGGGUUUGCUGGCUCCCCUGUUCCCCAGGCAGCUGAGUGUAGGGUGUUGCUCUGGGUUCUUCCCUCCACCAGCCCCAGCCCCAGGCCAGACUCAGAAGUCAGGUUUAUUCCCUCAGGGGAGGGGCCAGGAAGCCAGGUCAGACCCUGUGCAUCUGGGGUGGCAUCCUUAGCUUUGAGAGAGCCAGCUUGGGGCAGGAGACCCCUGACCUGAACGGAGGCAGGACUCGGCCCCAGUCUGCCCUACCCCCACAGGGGCCUCAGAGGAGGAGACUCCCGCACACCCCAUUCCCAGGAGCUCUUCCCUCCAAGGUCUCCCAGACUCGUCAGGGGGAUGUGCUGGUCCCCACCGCAGAAGGCUUUUGGCCCGGCUGGGCCGGCCGGGGAGUCAGGGCAAGAACAGGGGCCCAGCUACCCUGGCCCGCACCCCAUGGGUUAUUGGGACCCAAGCAUUUUGGGGGCAGGAGUAGAUGUCCCCUGAGCUUCAGAAGUCUGGGGUCUAAGGGUUGGGCCCGACCACCCUGGGAAGAGGCCGAGGCCCGGAGCUUGGCAGGAGGGCGGCCCCAGCAGGACUGAGUCCCCGAGCAGGGUGGGAGGUGCCUGCCUCGCGCCAGCCACCCCCCCUGGCUGUUUCUGUUUGUUCUUCAGACCCACCGCCCUGUGUCCCUGUCAUGCCUCCUUUAAGCAGAAGUCCCGUUCCUGUCCUCUCUGUCCCCACCCCGUUCCCCAAGAAAUAAGCUAUCAUUGUUGUAUUUGCAAUCUAUGGAUUAGAAGUUUAAGUAUUUAUUAUUAUUGGUUAAUUAUUAUUAUUGAUUAUGUAAAUUUGCCUCCUGUUCGUCUAUCGCGUUGGGUUUCUGAGGUGACCCGGGCAUGGAGGAUGCACCGGCCCCCCCUCUGCACCCCACCCCUGUGCUGUCCAGGAGACAGUGGUCUGGGCCGCCGGUUGGGCUCAGCACUCGGAAGGCGGGUCCGAGUGCUGGCCCUUCCCUCCCUCACCCUCUCUCCAGGCUGCAGCAGCUCACACAGCGGUGUCUGUCCUGGGGGGUGUGGGGCUCUUGCUCUUGAAGCACUGGGCGCCCCAAAGUGAGCAGCUGCAAUGCAGGAGAAGGUCCCCCUUCUGUGCUGGGGGGGCCUCCCUGGUCCUUUCCACCCAGUCCCAGGCAGGGAGGGGAGGAGCUUCAGUCCUCUCCACGUCUCCCUCUGCCUCCUACCUUCCUGCCGUGCCCCCCGCCCUGUGCCUGGCACUGGUGUGGCCCCAACAUGGCUCAGGCCCCCCCCUGUUACUUGCUGGGAAGUCCAGCAGAGGAGAGGCGGCAGGCCCCUCCUGACCCCUAUAGCACAGCACCCAGUCCCUGAACUGGACCACCCGCCAACCCUGCCUCAGACCCCUCCUCCAACGCGGCCACUGUCCUGUUCCCUUCUUUUGUAUUUGGAAAAAACGUGUUGUAAUAAAU